UGGAAAGAGAAAACUUGGCAGUCUUUGCAUCCAUCGCGUGUGUCGCCCUCCCUGUCCACAGCAUCUCAGUCUUGAAAAAUGGCAUGACGAAGACCACCUUCCGAAAGUCUGCCAACUCUUUGGAGUCGAAGCAGCCUCGCCAACCGCGCUAUGAAACUACAUAACAAUGAGUCAGGUUCGAAGGAGUCUUUACACUACUCAAUGCAGGCGUUGUCGAAGAUGCAUGUGUCCGUCUCACUCAUCCAUCUCCGACCUUCUCUCACCUCCAGUGCCCCAGAGCUUUGACGACAGCGAUGGAUUCCUUCUGGGACAUAUCGAGAAGGUCCGGUCAUGUAGAAGUCGCCGCCAUGUCGAAUGAUGGAAAUCACGAGGUAAGCUGGUGGACAGAACAGCAACCUCUUGUCAGUGAGCGAUCGCUUGCUGAUGAUAAAUAUCGAUGCCUGCUGAAACUACGGAACAAGUUCCAGCUAUGAUGACAGUAACGACAAGUAGAGAGUUCUGAUCGAUGAUGUGGAGGACGAGAGAUAGGAGGCCUGUUCAUGAAUAAUAGAGUUUAGGAUCCGUUCUGAGUGAGUUCCAUUUAGUAGAUGAGAAGCAGAUUAGCAGCUCUUCCUUAAUCUAGUCUCUUUAACUUUGGCUUGAAUCAUGUACCAAGCUUCGCAAGAUAUUCUCGUUUGAGAUAACCUUCUCAAACCGAAGGAUAUGGCCAACAGUAUAACGAUGGAGGUUUAUGGCCUCAGGACACUAUUCGGAAGACAAUAAGUGAACGUGAACAGUGGUCCCCAUCUCGAAAGUGCUCGAGCCGCCGUCGCUGUGAACAAGUCUACUGGACAACAACUGCUAAAGAGCUAGGACCUGUGCUGCACACGCUUAAGUAUCUCGAAGGUAGAGCUCCAGAGGCCAUGUGGUGGGAAUGCACCAUAAGGGAUCAGUCGAUGUCUCUCGGGACUUUGGCACACGAGUCGGGGUUCGAGCCCGAGUUCAGUCAAGGAGUUAAGUGAACUAGUCGACGGAUUGACAUCUGGUAGGAGCCACGGGCAGGAAGCGACUUCACGUGCCGAUGGGCUAGGCAUCACUUCAUCGAACUCUUGCAGGAAGUCUCGACCAUGAGUAUCGACACAGCUGCUCACGAUGCAAAAGAGCUUCUGAACGCUACGCGAGUCCAGGUUCAGUUUCUUUAGCUGCACAUUGCUAGGAUGUUUCUAGGAUUCUUACGGUCUACUCUAUUCUCACAAGGAUCCAGGUACUACGAUUUAGCUAGGCUGUGACAGUUGCAGCAGCAGGUUUCGGUUUCCUUCGCUUGGCACCUUCGGCAAGCAUCAGCCACUAUGGCAGGAAACGGUUUCAAAUUCAUGUCAUUCAGUGGUCUGGCGCGGAUCCGGAUGCCAUUCAUGGUCUUCGUGCAGCUACUGACUCUAGCGACUGGUCAGCUAUCGUCUGUUUGUUUCCAAAUGAGUCCAUCUCCGAAACUUGCGUUUUUUGUGGAUCCUUUACCAACUCCGCCCUCCAUCAACGUGUCGGAUGGCCGAAAUCAUGUGAUCAAAGCUUUCAAAAUAAAACAGAAGCUGCACCGUGAUUUGCCGUCGACCGAGCUGUACGCGUACGGGACGAGCGAGUCGACGGCGAGCUACCCGGGGCCGACUCUGGAGGCGAGGAGAAACGUCCCGUCGAGGAUCCGGUGGGAGAAUCACAUCGCCGAUCGGCAGCACAUGUUUCCGGUCGACCCGACGAUUGCCUGGGCCGAUCCGCCGAACGGCGGAGUGCCCACCGUGACGCACCUGCACGGGAUGGAAGUCGAGAGCGUCUACGACGGCAAUCCGGAGUCGUGGUUCACCACGUUCAACGACACGGGCCCCAAGUUCGUCACGCAGGACUACGCCUACCCGAACUCCCUCCUGCCGUCGCUUCUCUGGUACCACGACCACACGAUGGGCAUCACUCGGCUGAACGUCAUCGCCGGGCUGGUCGGCGCCUACGUCGUCCGCGGCCCCGAGGAGCCUCCGGGGCUGCCCACCGGGCAGCAGGAGGUGGUGCUCGUCAUCCAGGACAAGCAGUUCCUGGCGAACGGGUCGAUCAACUUCCCGUCCGUGGGAAUCGACCCGUCCCUCCACCCGGACUGGUGCCCGGCCUACUUCGGCGAUACCAUCCUCGUCAACGGGAAGGUGUGGCCGUAUCUGCAGGUCCGCCCGCUGCAGUACCGGUUCCGGAUCCUCAACGGGGCCAGCGAGAGGUACCUGACCCUGUCCAUGAGCCACCGCCGGCUGAAGUUCCUGAAGAUCGGAACGGACGGCGGGCUCUUGCCUCGGCCGGUUUUGCUCCGGUCACUGACCAUCUCGCCGGCGGAGCGAGUGGACUGCGUCAUCGACUUCCGGCGUGUCCGGCCCGGGGCGCGUAUCAUCGUCUCGAACUCGGCGCCACUACCGUUCCCCGGCGGCGGAGGGAUUCAGAGCUCCGACGGCAAAGUUCCCGUUAUGCAGUUCCGGGUGCUCGAAUCCCGGCAGCCCGGGGAGGAGCCGGUCGUGGACGUCAGCACCGUGCCGGCAAGGUUGGCAAAGCGGCCUCCGUUGGUUCCACAUAACGCGUCCAUAGUGUACCGGCAUUUCACGCUGACGGAGUCCGUGAACCCCGUGGGAGUGAGCACGGACCUGAUGCUGCAGAACCGCACUUGGGAGGAUCCCGUCACCGAGGUGUCGCGGAUCGGAGGGACGGAGAUCUGGCAGUUCAUCAACCUGACGCCGGGACUCGCUCACCCCAUCCACUUGCACCUGGUCAAGUUCGUGGUGCUCAGUUUCCAGUCCAUCGACGUUACGCGGUUCGAGCGCGGGCUCUGCUCGCUGAACGAGAGCUUCGGGCGCCGCGACAGCUGCUUCGUGGAGCCGCCGAGGCUGCCGGAACCUGAAGACUGGGGCUGGAAGGAUGUGGUCACGGCCUGGCCCGGCAACGUAACGAGGAUCCUUCUGAGGGUCACAUCUCAAAGCGGGAGCAAGUUCCCCUUCGACGCGACUUCGGGGCCCGGCUACCUGUGGCACUGUCACCUGCUCAGCCACGAAGACAAUGCCAUGAUGAGACCCUUGAUCAUUCAGAGAUGAGCGACUGCGUGCCACUUUGCUUGCUUGCUUGCGUCUUCGGUCGGUUGGGUCAUUGGGAAUGUAGAUUCGAGGCGUAGAGAUAAUUUAGACAUCUUCAGUCGUUUACCGACCGAGCGCUCACUGCGCAUUGUUUGUAAGUUUCAGUGAAGGAUUUGCCUGUUUCCUUGUAGAUGGCCAUCUGCCGUGGUGGCAUACCUUCUUCGAUCGUUAAGGUUAGCUCGUUGAUCAACUUCAUCUCUGUACGACAGGAUGGGAUCUUCCAAUCCUUCAGGCCAUUCAGAUGGCCCCCGCUGUCUUCUCUGGUAUCCAGUGUUCGCCUUGCUCAGACUUUCUCACUGCUGCGUGCUCGAAUCCAUCUCGUGUUUUGCCCUGCUUCUUUGGUUUGUUUCUAUUAACUGAAGGUGCAAGAAGACAGGCCCAGUGGUCUCAAUACCAUGUGCAGUGGUCAACCUGUGUAAGGAAAGCUUGGGAA